AAAGUCGGUCAAAAGAGCGGUUUAAUUUUGUGAGAUUCCCUGGCUUUGAGAUAGAUUCUGGUGUCGCAACUAUUCGUGCAGGUCUGUCCUUCAUAGGAGCCCUCAUCCUCCGAUACUAUGGCCCUGAACCCAAGCAAACCCAAGUCCAGCGUGCGCCUGGUUUUCUUUGGCGCGGCUGGCGUGGGCAAGACUGCGCUGAUCCAGCGCUUCCUGGCUGACACGUUUGAGUCUCAGCACAAGCGCACGGUGGAGGAGCUGCACUGUCUGGAGUAUGAACUGGACGCGCAGCAGGUGCGCGUGGAGAUCAUGGACACGAGCGGCAGCUACUCGUUCCCGGCUAUGAGGCAGCUGGGCAUCCGCCGUGGGGACGCCUUUGCCCUAGUCUACUCGCUUCAGGAACCCGAGUCCUUCCAGGAGGUGCGGCGGCUGCGCGCCGAGAUCCUGGAGACCAAGGGGGAAGCGCCCAGCCCUCCGCCCAUCGUGGUGGUGGGCAACAAAAGCGACCUGGCGCCCAGCGGGAGCUUCCCCGACGCUGUGAUCGCCGCCGUGGAGCUCGAGUGGGGCGGCAUCUACCUCGAGGCGUCCGCCAAGCGAGGGGAGAACGUGCUGAGCCUCUUCCAGGAGCUCCUGCAGCUCGCGCAGCUGCCCUGCCACCUCAGCCGCCUCAGCCCAGCGCUUCGCCGUCGCCGCCAGACUUUCCCAGUGGGAGCUCCCGACGCGGCGGCGGAGACGGUCUCCAAGUCCCGAGCCGUGAUGCGCAAACGCCACAGCUGCGCCGUGUCUUAGCGCUCGCGGCUCCCCUUUCUCGGAGCGCCCCAAACCCAGCGAGAGAAAGCGCAAGCCCGGCUUAGCGCCCUUCCCUUUCUCAGUUCUCUCCGGCACUUGGGUUCAUCCUCUCGAACCAGACCUGGCUGAAGCUGCUCGGUUAGGGGCGCAGUCGAGCUGUUGGCUGGGCCCCGUGAGACCCGGACUCAGACUGGCUGGCCCCUGAGUGGUGAGGUCGGUGUGGGGUUGUGUCCCCCGUGCCGGCGUUCCUGUUCUUGGAUGGGCGGGGUGGAAAACGAGGUGCCAAAUAUGAAUAACCCGAAAGUCCUGUAGCUGCAGACUGGCAGAUUGUGGGCUGCUGGACUGUUGUGGGGACGCUGGUCCCACAGAAGACUGGGACUCUACUUUGGGGUAGAAUAGCUGUAAAAACCAAAAACAAAAACCCGGCGUCUUCCAUGCACUUAAAUCGGGGGGCACUUUGAAGAAGAUGGGGCUCGAAGAUUCCUUCCAGCUCCAAUCCCAUCACUCUAUGUAUAGGAGAAGCUCUUUCCUUGACUAUACAGUGGAAAGUGCCUAACGUGACAGAUCUCAGAAAAAAUAGCAUCCAUGGUAAGCUGUCAAGGUUACAUUUAAUCGCUCCGUUUGCAACGCCCGGAACUUUAAUCAUUUGUGCGGGAGCAGGCAUGUUAUCUUCAAGGGACACCAUUAACAGUUGUUUUCUUCUAUCUACGACAUACCCUGGCAGCUGCUACGUUCCUAAGCAUCCUCAUUGUUUUAGCUUGUAGGUUGUAAACCCUUCAGGGGCAAGGACUGACUGUUGCAUGCAUGCAUUCUAUAUUUGGUAUACAAAUUUGGUUCCUCUAAAUCAGGACUGUGUGAGGUUGGGUGUAAAUAUUUGUAAAUAAAUUUCUAUUAAUUACAGUAAAGGGGUUCCCUCCUCCUUCCGUUAAAGUUUGAUUAUAGAGCUAAAGUUUACUAGAUGCUUCCUGCACAUUUACUUUCUUCAGAUCCUCACAAUAACAUUGAGGUAAGUGCUAUCACUCCCAUGUUACAGCUGAGGAAAUAGGCUUAUUCCCAGAGUCAUACAGCUUGUUAGUUUCUGUGCAUGACUCUAAGGACAAUGCUUUCUUUCGAAGACAAAUCAUUGGCAUUCCUUAACUAGAUCCCUUUUUCAUUUGCUCCUCAGAGCCACCCCUUAAGGCAAGCAGUAUAAGAGCCUUUAUCUAUAUCACAGAAAAGGAAACGGACUCAAAUGUAAAUUACUUGUAACAGUAAUAAGUAUUAGAACCAAGACUUCUGAUUCAAAUCUUCAAUAGCUCAUCAGUUUUGCCUAGUUCAGUCCAGUGUUUUUUUCUUUUCUUUUCUUUUCUUUUUUCAGUCAAGUCUGGCUCCAUUUGG